CACCCACCUCCCUACCAAACAACUAAAACCACCGAAAUGCCCCGCCGCAUCGCCCAAAUCGUCCACCUCAAGCCGUCCGCCAUCGCAGCCUACAAAGAAUGCCACGCGAACGUAUGGCCCGAAGUGCUCCAACAGAUCCAAGAGUGCAAUAUUCGCGAUUACUCCAUCUUCUUUGAUAAUGAGCGGACGUUGUUCGCGACGUUCAAGUACGUGGGGGACGACUUUGAGGGGGAUAUGCGGCGCAUGAAGGCCAAACCGAAGGUGCGGGAGUGGUGGGCGAUGACGGAUGGGAUGCAGGAGAGUCCCAUUCCUGGUGCCGUGGGCAGCGCAGAAGGACCCGGAUGGUGGAAAGAACUAGAGGAGGUCUUCUACACGGAAUAG